AGUUUCGGUUUGUUUCGUCUAGAUAAUUUAUCGCUUAGUUUGCGCUAUAAACCUCUAAAACUGAUCUGAAAAGAAAAGUAAGAAGAAAUAAUUUAAUAUCAUUGAUACAGAUCUGACUGAGUCUUUAAUAUUUCAGCUGCUGUAUUGGUUGCCACGUGAUCACUACAUCCGGGUGAUCGGCCAUAGGAGAAAUGGCGGUUGCCGUCACAAUUGUGUUGUCGGUAUCAGAGCCGAGUGAAGCGAUCUAGUGGGAAGGAGAAGUAGAAACAAUGAAUUUGAAGUGGUGCAAACAUACGCUUUCUCUUCCUGUUUGAACUUAAUCAAGAUACAUCAGCGAUUAUACAAAUAUGGCGGCCUUCGUUCGUGACUUUAACGUCUUACAACAAGAACUAGAGAAAACUAAAGAGAGCUUAAAAGAUGUGGAUGAUAACAUUAAGAAAUUAACCGGUCGCGAUCCGACCGAACCAGGUAGGACUGGACAGCAGCGAAGAAUUCUUUUGGGAUUUAACGAGCGUGGUACGACCGACCCGGCUACUACUAAUCGGAGCGGUAGAAAACGUGUGCUUCCUGUCGGCAAGUGGGCUGUUACCGAAGCCGAUGCAGGCCCCCGGAAAAAGCGUGGAAACAUCGCCAGCAGACUCGGUCCUCGACCCAGCCGAUCAUCGCAAGACAGCGGUGAUGCAGAUGAAAUGGUACGCAAACCAUCGGUACCUUCGUCUGUAGUGGCUACAUCUAGGGAUUCGUUAACUCGUAAAGACAUGCUCGAUGCCCAAGGUAAAGACGAGCGAGGCAUGGCAAGGAACAAACGCAUGUUCGGCCUUUUGUUGGGAACUUUACAAAAAUUUAAAGAUGAGGCCAAAGAUAAGAAAGAUAAACACGAUCAACGGAAACGAGUGGAGCUGAAGUUAGAAGAAAAAGCUCAACAGGAAAAAGAUGAAAUUCGUAAAGAACGUGAACUUUUGUUUCAGGUUCGUCGUGAGAAACAGACUAGGAUUCGUUUAUUAGAACAAAAAAUGGAACUUGUUUCAACACACGAAAAAUGUGAAGCAGAAAUUCGCAAACUGACAAAUUUUAUUUGUACAAAAACUAAACCGUGCAUCUUCUACUUACCGAAGAUCCACACACCUGCCACCGAAAGUCGCCUGUCGGAAAGUACCAAAGUGGUGAAUGAAAUGAUCGCCGAACGACGUCGGCGAUUGACAGCCGAGAUAAAUGAACUUAUGGGUCCCUCAUCUUUCGCACACUUAGCUGGUGAGGAUGAGCAUGGCCUGGACAUGGAAGAAGACGACAGUGAAAAUAUUCCAGCUGGUCCUACAGGGAGAAGAGAUGGCGGUGGGGCAGGAAGCGUUGAUGGUGACAAACGUUAUCCUAUUCAUUACCGCGGCAGUUCCGCAGGUAAUAAAGACUGGUCAAGGAACAAAGACAAAAAGACAUCGUCUAAGAGGUCAUCAGGUGGUGGUGGUGGAGGAAAUGAUCAUCAUCAACAUCAUCAGGAUUCUAAAACUGGUAAACACGGAUGGGAGGUACACCGAAUGUCAAAAUCUUGUAAAGAUCAACAGUCACAGCUGCUGCAACAGAGUUCCACGGCCAUUACCUCUUCCACUGCAGUCUCUUCUAAGUCAGUUUCAAAUAAAUGGCAGUUGUUAAUGGAAAUGGACAGUGGCUUAGAAGAGGACGAGGAACGUGUUGUAGUACCCAAUACUGCAGCUCCGAACAUAAAUCUGCCUAUGACAACACUACCACCGACGUCGUCAUCAUCUUCAGCACUUGUAACUCGACAUGAUGAAGAUGAUGAUGAUAACGGUGAUGACGACGACGAGGAAGAAGAAGAGCGCGAUGAACGUGGUGAGGUGGAAGAAGGUGGUGACAAAAGGGAAGUUUGUAUAGAGGAGAAUAUUAAUGGCACCGAGGACAGGCGCCUGGUAGAUGCUAGUGGUGUUGCCAGCUGCCGGAGAGUUGUUUUGGCAGCAGAUGUUGACGACGAUGAUGAUGAUGAUGACGACGAUGAUGAUAGAGGAGGAGGAGGUGGUGGUGGUAAUGAUGAUGAUGAGGAGGAGGAGGACAAUGAUGAUGAAGAGGAGGAAGAUGAAGGGGAUGAUAGCAAUGAUGUCCAUAAACCCUAAUAACAAAUGAUGCAAACAAACAAACUCUACAUACAUUGGUUUUGGUUUCAUUAGAUCUUUAAUUUACCAUAUUUCAUGUUUCAUUAUAUUAUUUUUAAAAUUCGUA